AUGAAACCGUCUAUCAGCUCCGUCCUACUGAUGGGCUUUGCAGCCGUCGCAAGUGCCGCCAAGCAUCGCCACGGUCACGCCCAUUUGCACAAUCGGGCUUCUCCCCAGCAAGGAGAACGCGUCACAAUUGUGGACAACUCGAUUUCUGUCCCUACAGAAAUUCCCGAAAUUGUCGUGUUUGUCGAUCAGGCCGGCGUCCCUGUCCGCACCGCCCAGGCCCUCGUGGUCCUCGUUCCGCCUGCCUCUGUCGCGGCUUCUGUCGCGGCCUCUGCCAUUGUCUCUCCUGCAUCCACACAGACAGCUGUCGUUGAUCUGCCGUCCAGCGGCUUCGUGCUGCCAGCUGUGACUGUGCAGGUCUCUUCCAUCGAUCAACAACCAGCGUCUUCUGCUCAACCAACGGCUGAGCAACCGACUCCAAGCUCGUCCGCAACUCCCGCCAACGCAGUCGAAGGCUCAAGCCUUCCUGGUGUGGCCUAUGCUCCGUACAAUGCAGAUGGGAGCUGCAAAUCUGCCAGCCAGGUCCAGGCUGAUUUCCAGACUUUGGCUGGCACAUAUUCAAUGGUUCGCACGUACGGUGUAGACUGCAACCAAGUGACCAACGUUCUAGCAUCGGCGAAAGCAACCAACAUGAAGGUCAUGCUGGGCAUAUUCAGCCUCGACAACCUGUCCGACCAGGUGUCCGCCUUGACCAGCGCAGUAGGCAGCGACUGGUCUAUCGUCGACACAGUAAGUGUCGGCAAUGAACUCGUCAAUAAUGGUCAGGCUAGCCCCAGUCAAGUCAUCAAUGCUGUCAACUCGGCCCGUGAGAUGCUGCGUCAGGCUGGGUUCAGCGGUCCGGUUGUGACUGUUGACACCUUCGUGGCCCAUCUCGCCCACCCUGAGCUUUGCCAAGCCUCUGACUAUUGUGCCGCCAAUAUCCACCCGUUCUUCGAUCCCAACACUUCUGCCAACCAGGCUGGUGUCUUCGUUGCAAACCAGAUCAAUCGCAUUCGGGAGAAAUUGGGCAACGCGAAUCAGCGUGUCGUCGUCACUGAGUCAGGUUGGCCGUGGCAAGGCAACAGCAACGGGCAGGCGGUACCAGGCUUAGAUCACCAAUCUAGUGCUAUCUCAUCCAUCAAGGCAGCUUUCCAGACAAACCCCGGUGAUCUGGUACUGUUCAGCGCAUUCAAUGACGCUUGGAAGAAAGCAGAGGCAGCAACCUUCUAUGCUGAACAAUAUUGGGGCAUCGGAGGUGCCGACGCCGCCUGA